AUGCUCUCGAAAUUAACUCCCGUAAUACUGUGCUUUAUCUUACAGUUUCUAUCUGAGCAGAAGGUUGUUAAAGCAGCCCAAGUCGACCUGACUCUGCCGACGAGAGCAGAUUUUGCCACUUGCACGCUAACAGAGGAGUUUAAAGAGUCGUUUGUGGACGAACAUAACAGACACCGGUCACAUGUGCAACCCCCUGCUGCAGACAUGGAAUACUUGGUGGGUGUUUAAUUAAAGUUCAAUUUUUUAAAAAAUGCUUUGGAGGGUAACAUCUUAUUUAUGCGAGUCGCUUAAGGUACAUCGAAGUCAGAUUCGCUGGACCGCAUUUCCGUCAAUUGACACUAUUAGAAUGCAAAAUUGAUUUUUACUAUUACAACGAAAGUUUUAAACGCCCAAUAUCGGGUGAAGUGUAUUAUUUAUAUAUUCUUGGACCCCGCACGAGAAAAAACAAACACAUUUAUCGUGUGCCAUCGUUACGUCAAUUUUAUUGACGUUUCUCUCUUAGGCUAAGGCAAAGCGUCCCCAAGAAUUUUCUAAUGAAAUCAGUCGGUAACAUCAUUUCCUCGAACUUUCGAUCGGACCCAUCAUGGUAGCUAACACUUUCGGAUGAGACGAAAAAGCCAACUAAAACUUUCGAGACGACCAAAGUGCCCCUAAAACAUCUGAACAGUUAAAAAGGCUUUUUAAAUUUAUCAGACAGGCAAUUCUGACGUAUUUGGAAAAUUCGGUCAUUGCGUCAAAUUGUAGCCUAGGUAGGCGGCGCUUGAGAGGAUGAUAUGGCCUAAGAGAAAUAUUAUCCGUCUGAAACGGAUAGGUCAUUUCAAGAAUGCAUAUCCGGCGUUUAGAUGAAUUAUGAGCCAAUUACCAGUCUUUCGAUGUUAUCAGUACGUCUUAUACACGUGCUGACAGACGUAUGAUUCGUUCCUAUUUUUUUUUAUCUUAACAAAAGACUGAUUAUUUUACGUUUUGACUUAGGACGCCUGGUACCUCACGUUUUGAAAAUUUCCUAGCAUACAUUGAGUCUCGUUGCACUUUUCCUUCAUUUGAAAUCAUGAUGUCAGACCAAUUCUCACGGUCAGCUGACCCAAACGUGUCUACACUUUUGGUAUUUCAUUCGUUAGAAGAAGCUGCUGCACGUGGAGAGAAGAAGUUAGAAGUUAGAAGCCGUUUCUGCAAAAACAUAGUAUAAAAGAUCUGUGGAGGCCUCUCGUUAACAAAAGCCUGAAAUUCGCGAAAUUUUGGGAUUUGGUUAGCAUGUCCAGGAAGAACAAGAAGAAUAAUGUGCACUAAGUCUUGCUAAAAAUCAGCCCGUUAGUGCAAAUUGGUGGGCGAGAUAUAACCACGGUUAUUUACUCCAAUAUUUUUGUCUAUUGUUGUCAAUUGCAUUAUCAGCUUUGUCAGCCAACUAAUUCUCAAUUUCUCAUUUUUUCUGUAUUUCUCCUUAAAAAAUCAAAAGGUGCACUUUUGUUUCUUUCUUUUCUUCAUUCCUUAAUCCUCAAAACCAAAGAACCAUCUGAAUUUGUCUCUCGAACCUGGACGACUUAUAUAGCCGUCUAGAGGAAUAAUCUGUCUCAGUGCUCCCGUUCUUGCCGAAUUUAUACUCGAGACUGCGAAGUCAUUCAUUUAUUGUAAAAUAUCAUGUAGACCUUUAACGGAUCAUCGGAAUAACCUAAUGAAUGACCAUUAGUCGAUGAUAAUGUUUUAAUUUCAAAAGUAGAGCAUUAUGUUGUUCGAGGCACUGUACUUAGUCGGUUUGAAAACUAUCUAACCAAUAGACAACAAUAUGUGGAAUUUAAUGGUAUCCGUUCGAAGUCUUACCAAGUAAAGUCUGGGACGCCACAGUGCUCUAUACUAGGCCCCCUGCUCUAUGUGUGCAAUGUGUCAAAGGUCGUGGACUUUAUUCUUUUUGAUGAUGACACAAACAUAUUUUUUCCCACAAAGAUUUCGAUUACUUUCUGAAACCUCAAAUUCUGAAAUGUUAAAAUUGACAUAGUGGUGUCGAGCUAAUAAGAUGCACUACAUUAAAUGUAAAAAAUCGAGUUUCAGAGUUUCCAGACCACGCCAAAAGAAGCAACCACUCGAUGUACCCAUUUGAAUUGACAACAAUCAUAUUAUCGAGUUUGUGAAAGAAACCUAGUAUUUUUAGGUGUUAUCCAGAAUGAAAAUUUGUCAUGGAAGCCUCGCAUUCUUAGCGUUUCUAGAAAAAAAUAUCAAAAUCAGUAUGGGGAUCGACAUAUCACUACAAUUUAAGUCGUAUUAUCAUCCUGCAUGUCAUACUGAUGUUCUUUUCAAAGAACAGGAGGUUUACUUACCGGUUAGUCACUGUAUUUGGUACUGUAACGGUAGAUUAACACAGCGUACAUGUACCUUUAUUACAUAUGUUAUUACUGUAAGCGUUACUCCUCAUCGAUCAGAGCUGCCUUUUAGAAAGGUAGGAGACCAUCCGUGAGGCUGAAGUAGGACUCCCCCGCGCCUUGCCUUACGUCAAAGCUAAAAAAAGCCUCAGAAAUCACAUGUAACUAAGAAAAUUGGACUGGCUUGUCCUUACUAAAAUACGUAUCAGUCCUUGAUGAAAACAAUUUGACUGAUCAAUAAUGCAGACCAAAAUUAGUUAUUUGCUGCCUUCCCUUAAUUACUAAUUCUAGCCUCCAUCCUUUUACCUUCAUCCUUCUUUCACUUCCAAAUCUCUUAAACGAGAAGCAUACAAUAUUUUUAUUGCUACUAACUUUCAUUAUAAUUCAAUUUUAUUUCUGGCACUCUUAGUUCUGGGAUGAAAAUCUAGGGAAUUUGGCUCAGAUGUGGGUGAAUAAAUGUCAAUGGUAUCAUGGUUUCGUAUAUUUUGGUGAAGAAUAUCCACUGCCUUUGAAUUUGACAGGUAGAAUGGGUGAGUCUCUACAAAUUACUUGAAAACUUUAUACAUAUCAUUCUUUAAUUAUAGUCGUUAAAUAUAAUUCUUUAAUCAGGCCUGCCUGAGCGUUGUGCAUGCAGAGUUAACAAAAAUAGCGGACGAUGUCACCACUAUACAACGACGUAAAUAACCAAAUUACUGUCCCAAAAAGAUGGGGAAAAAAAUCCAACUUAAUGGAUGUCAACUGUUUUUGAAGCGUUGAAGUGCCCAGAGCGGUCUGGUUUUGGGAAAAUUCUUCUUAAAGAAAAGAAAUUAAGGCUAUUUGAAAAUAUAUGUUUUCCUGGAUACAAACAAAAAUUAAAUUUUGCGCUUGAAUUAGGAAUUAUGCAUAGCUCGGAGGGUGCACUACCGCCAAGGCCACCCUCCAAAUUGCUUUACCUUAUUCUUCGCUUCAUACUCAGCCUCAUUUAGUAGUUGUUAAAAACCCAUACUGCAUAGAUGUGUCCAAUGAACCUCAUGUUCCUCUGUCAAAUUGUAGUGUCAGUGAUCUUUUCACUCUUACAGAAUUUAUUGUUUUCUGGUUUAUAUGUUGUUGUUUUUUUAAUUUCCGCUCAGGAUAUAUUUUCAGAAAUGGAUAAUUUGGCGGAAGGUACUGUCAAACGAUCAUAUGUUCUCACCGAAGUUUGCAUUUAAUUGAGCCACGCCGUAUGAUACUUGAGAUAGUUUUCGAUGCUAUUAAUCUCUCGAAAACUCCUGAUCCUCUCUAAAACACCCUCUUAGUACUUCCACGACAGGGUUUUAACAAUUAAUUUAUGUCUGAUUAUUAAAAGGUCAGAACCUCGCUCGACAAACUUACAACCUUCCAGAUCCAACGACCCCCGUAAAGGAGUGGGACAACGAGGAAGGAAACUUUGUGUACGGACUUCAAAAUGCCUAUUGUAAGAGUCCACCUUGUGGGCAUUACAUUCAGGUAAAUAGCCAACGACAAGUUGAUUUUUUUCUUUUGCUUUUAUCAAAGGAGGAUUGCUCGUUGAUUUUACUCUUACUACUGUCGUAGAGGUUUCCAUGAGAUGCUGUCGCUAUAUCUUUGAGCACAUCUCAAAUUUUGAGCAAAUAUUUCUAUUAAUUAAGCCAACAAUUCUGAGAAAUAAGCCAGGGUAUUUUUUUAAUGCAUAAUUCGGCCUCCAACUUACCAUUGGAUUUCUGAAACGACGUCCGAACAAAUUAUACCAAGUUAUACCACAAAAUAAGCCCAUAAUGCUAUAUUAUUGUUUCUGCCCAAAUAAGGAUGAGGGCAAUUUUGGGUUCAAAUAGAAUUUUUGUGGCAUUUCUUGAACAUUUUUUUGUUAAAUUACCAGCACCUUUUAAUUUGGAACAUGCAUCUUAAGGCAACCACGAAACAAGAUUAAGUUACACUGCUUUGUUCGCAAUUCCUUAUUGCUUUCACAAUGCUUGCUCUACACAAAUUCCCUUAGCUUAUUUUCCUGUUGAAUCGACCACUUUUGACCCAAGUUGUUUAAAGUUUGCAUCUUUCAUAGUUUAUUUACCAUGUCAACGCAUUAAUGCUCAGGCCCCUUAAAAUUUAUCUGGUAAAAGCACAGCACGGAGGCCAGUUAAACAGAUCUUAUUAACUGCCGGUCUUCAGCUGGGUAAUAGCAGCUAAUGUGACGUUACGCUCAGUUAGCGUUCGCCGUUAUUAAGUUUUAUGCAACCGGUUUCUAGAAUCAUUGUUUACUUUUCCUUCAGUUGGCUUGGGCGAAAACCAAGUACAUUGGCUGCGCCGUCAACUUGUGCCCUAAUUUUGGUAAUGGUCAAAACACUGGUGGGUCAUUUGUUGCUUGCGACUACGAUAGGUAAAUAAAAGUAUUUAUAUUUAUUUUCUGAUGAGAUUGGCAUUUAGUGCUCCAAGCAAAGUUACAGGAUAACGCAAUGGUGUAGAUAAAGCAUUUUUUAAACAGCGUCUUUCUUCUCUGGUCUUUUCUUUCGUACAGGAGUACGCUGUUGUGGAACUUUCAACAGCAGGUGUCAAAUUAUAUUUCACAAGCUAAGCCUUGAUUACUGUCCGGCAGUGCCUUUCUUGAGUAUCCAAGUUUUGUCAGUCUUUUUUAAAGUUAUUGUAGGCAAAUUUCAUGUUAUGUGAUUAAUACCGGUUGAGUUGAGCAUACAGCUGUCCUUGAGUAGUCGUUUGUUUGUUUGUUCGUCCUUUGCUCCCACCUCCCCCCUACUCUCACAAAUGCACAUCAUAGUCUUCCAGAAAGAUGUCACAAUUUCAGCAUUUUCUCAUAGACCAUAAAGCACCUUGUUUACCUCCCCCUCAAGAAAACAAAAGUUGCAUAACUAUUGUCUUCGAUUUCUCCUAGGACAUUUUGCAUAACCAUUGUAUUCGAUCUCUCCUGGGACGAAUGUAUUACACAGGAGAAAUUGGAAACAAUGCUCAUGCAAAGUUUUAGCGGAGAAUACAAGGUGCAUUAUGGUCUAUGUGAAAAUAAUGAAUAUCAGCAUGAACGAGCCUAUUAAUCGGCUCCUGCAACAUGUCAGUAAAAUGCAUUCCGUCCCAUUGUAGUUUUUGUCUUAACUUUUGAUGCUUAUGCUGAACGCCAAGUGCUGAUCAUUCCCCAAUUGUAUUGGCUGUUUAGGCACUAGUGGCCUGAUCAUGCGUCAACUUGUUAGGCUUGUCUGAGAAUUCUUUUCCGUCUAUACUGUGCGUCGCUUACCAAUAUCCUAAAGGUGGCCUAAAUUCAGGUUAUAAUAGGGCUCAAAUACUCGGUCCAACAUAAAUUAUUGAUUUGGCAUUAGUCAUUUUUGUUUUCUCACCAUAUUUCACUCGUUCAUGGUUGAAAUGUAUUUCUCAUUCUACAUGUUCUUUAAAACAGAUUUCUUAAGACAUAAAACGGUAAAAACGAACGAUAAAAUCCGACUUUUCGGGGUAGUCAUGACUCCAUUAUCAAGGAAAACUGUUUUUGAUCUUGCAAAUUACAGCAUUUAAAGCGAUGUGGCGCGAAAAUUAACAUAACAGGGUGCGAAGAUUAUGAAAAUACUUUCGUACGAAUAGAGACUGAUUGCACGUUGAGAUUUGGGUUUAAGCUUCUUAUGAAAAGCAUUUCGUACACCAAACAGUCAAAUUUGUUCCUGCAUUUCUUAAGCAGUUCGAAACGUUUCAGUGUGUAGUUUAUAACUUCCAAGGUGGCCUGUGUGAUGCAGGCUUAUAUGUAGGUUACACACGCGGACAUUUACACAAUCGUGUCAAAGGACAUAAACAACAGUCCUCCGCCAUUGCCAAACAUUACAAGAACGUGCACGGGGCGGUCCCUCAGGACCUGCUGAAACGUUUCGAAGUGCUUAACAAAUGCAGGAACAAAUUUGUCUGUUUAGCGUACAAAAAUUAUUGUCAUAAGAACCUUAAAGCCAAAUCUCAACGUGCAAUCAGACUCUUUUCUUGCGAAAGUAUUUUCAUAAUCUUCGCACCCUGUUAUGUUAAUUUUCGCGCCACAUCGCUUUAAAUGCUGUAAUUUGCAUGAUCAAAAACAUUUUUCCUUGAUAAUGGGGUCAUGACUACUCCGAAACGUCGGAUUUAUCGUUCGUUUUUACCGUUUUAUGUACAUGUCCUUUAACUUCCUUACUUCGUGAUCCCGUACAUGAAAACGUGAGCUUGCACAUUAUGUUUCGUUCUAGUCAUAGUUAUUGAAUUUGUGCCUCUCCUUCUAUGCGCAUAAGGGUCGUGAUGUCAGAUAAAAGCCACACACCUUACCAGACGGGCACACCAUGUACUAAAUGCGCUUCUGGUUCUGGAUUCUGCUACAACAAUCUAUGCAGUAAGUACUUGGCUUUAAGCAACGAAUAAUAACGAAGAUCAGUAUAAAAACAGUUGAAAUACGACCGGAAGUAAGCUUCGAAACUUGUUAUCAGCUUUGGGCCCAGGCCAAACGUCCAAGUGUUCAUGAGACGAACCAAACAUAGGGAGAUAAGUUCAUGCAAACUUCGACGUCUGGCUCAGUUAAAUUCGUGUGAAUGAGUUCGGAUCGACCAACACGUUCUAUCCGUCUGCCUCGCGAGCGUAAAAAUGUUUGAAGAUCGUCUCAGGGAAAAACGUCGAUCUUCACAUUCGAUGGACUAAACGACUAAAUUACAAAUUUGUAUCAUAAUGUAUAUUUAGCCUUGUUCGGGAGAAAAUUUAUUAAAACUGCUUCUUGGUCUGAAUCAGUUGAUUGGUUCGACGCGUCCAAAGUUCGACGUCUGACCCAACAGACAAUCUUAACGUAAUUUAUGUCGACCCAAAUUAUUUGGAGUUUGGUUCGUCUCAUGAAAAGUUCCUCUUUUUGCCUAGGCCUUUAAGUUUUAAGAUACGAAUCAGACUUUAACCAAGGGAAAAUGACAGCUGAGGACUUUAUAAGAAACGAAUUGAGACUGUUGUUCCAAGAUAUCGUAGGGAAUUAGACCACAGUUAUGUGAUUAACUUUUGUAGGUUGAAUGUUAAAGUGAACGUUACGAUAACGCCAACGUAAUGACGCAAACGUUUGUGCCCAUAAAAACAGAGACAGCUAGUGCUGUGCUGGUGUUUCCUUAAAAGGUAUACCAUUGGAUUCAAGAAUUUACAAAGGAAAUGUUACUUCUCCAGGAGAGUGUGCUGAUUUUGACAAGCAAUGUGGAGGGAUUUUUACAAUAGCCACGUGCAAAUCGCACCCCGAACUGAUGGAAAAGAAGUGUCCCAAAAUGUGCAACCUGUGCAGUAAGUUGUUCAAUGUGGACUCUCUCGUAAAUUCCUAAUAAGCCAUUAUUUGGCAGUGGCUAUUAUAGUACUUAUAAUGGAUACCAUUUAGUGGCAUAACCCGGAGCCGUUGGGGGGAAUUUUUGCCUUCACGAUAAAAAAAAGGAAACAAAGAGAACUUAAACGGAACUUUUUUUACAAAAUUAUUUAACUAAAAUAAACAUAAGAACCGUGCACAUUACGAAAAAUUUUGAUUCAGAAAAUCCAGAUUAAAUCAUGACGAAUGAAUGCACUUUCCCCUUAACGAUUAUUGAUAACAUUUUUUCUUUAACUGUCCUUAUUUUACUUUACAUGACUGUCUUUCUAUUUUUUCUUUUCCUUUCUUUUUUUGUAUUCAAGAAUGUGUAAUGCAAUGUCAAAACGGCGGGACUGUCAAUAAGCAGAGCUGUACUUGCUCGUGCCCAGUACCUUGGACAGGCCCGGAUUGUUCAGGUACAGUGUUGCAAACUUCUAAUCACUCUUGCAAUGCAAAACCAGCGCGACUGCGAGCCGAGCCGAGGUGUAAAUGUUUAGGUUAAUCGCAGUGGUUCUGUGGUUUCAAAAUAGUACUGAUAAUGAUAGCUGAUAAUAUACAAUCGAUGCGAUUUUUGCAAAGAUGCUGACUAUCAUAUAAAGGGAAACUGUUCUUCUGAAAACGAGAUCGUGCGUUGACGUAGAUCCGCUGAUGCAAAAAGUCAAACAAUUAAAGCAAACAACAUAUAUUGGUCUAUUCUAAAUUCCUAUUUAUCGCCGCAAAAUAGUGCUGACUGAGCGACCGAUUUCAUUAAUUGAGCGUUACGGUCAACCGAGUUCAGCUCAGUUCAUCUUUCCAAGUGAAAAUAAUUAGUACUGGACUUCAACAAAGGUUCUUCUUGAAUUUAUAUUCCAUGAUUAUUUCGUUCAUUUUAACAUUUCAUGAAACCUGACCUGACGGAUCCCUAACCUAGCGUCAUAUCUCGCAUCCUUUAUUCGUAACAACAGAUUGUAAGAAACACAAUCGCAAUGCACUGUGAGAAGACGUUCACUCCAUCCUCCUCUGAUCUUAUAUAAGAAGUAAAAAACUCAAGGAGGUUACACUAAACCUUUACUACAGUGCAUGGGUAUGGGCAGUAUAUAAAGAUUUGCGUGUCUUCUGGUUAGGACUUUUAAGUGUUUAAUAAUUGCAACUACAUGUAAUUAUAUUUAAGAAUUUUUACAAUUUAAUUCGGGUUAUUUAAGUUAGUGAAGUCUACCUAUUGUCAUUUAUUUUGUUAUUGUUUGUUUCCAAUGCAGUGGUUUGUAAAGACACCUGGACAGGGAAUCCUCCAUGUUCUGAUUUAAUCAAGUGGAAUAAGGCGAACAAUGUUGAUGUAUGUAUGCAACAGUCCGUGAAGGAAACCUGUAUGGCCUCUUGUAUGAUUUGCGGUAAGGAAUUUCCAAGACAGUCUAUACAGCUUUUUAAACCAGACGUAAAAUAUAAACAAUAAUGAUUGCAUGCGUUCGUUUGCUGAAGGACAGCAUCGAAUGACUGUCAUUUUACGAGAUUUUAAAAAAGUACUUUGGGGCUGAAAUAAACCUUUUGAAUUUACAAUUUAAGGAUAAUUAUAUUACGUCCCAAUGGCAAUAAAAGCCUUUGUUCUGCCUCUUGCGGAACCAGCAUGAGCAAAAAUUUCUUCCACACCGCGCAGUACCUAUAGGCUUAUCGGAAACUACCCUGAUUGCCUUAUUUAAAGGAAUUUCGGAAAUUUCUUUGAAAUUUAAAGAUGUUAUUGCCUAAUAAUAAUUCAUAAUUUGGUGCUGUCUUCUUCACCUUCAGAUGACGGUAGCGGCAAAUACACCACCACAGUGGCUCCUCUAACUACUUCUACUCCCAGUAAUGCACCGCAAACUACAGGCAAGUAUUCGCGGGUCAAUUGCUAUUCUCCAACCCCGCACUCAUUGCAUCAGUACUAAUCAAAUCCCUCUUUCUUGCGAUCGACUAAGACUAUCCCAUGAUCUUUUCAAUCACGUUUUGAAAGUGAAUGAAACUACUAUGAGAUAAUUAAAAAUUUGUAUCUAAGAAUCCCUUCGCUUUUAAAGAUAACGUCCGAACAUUACGAUUUCCAGUUUUACACUGAAUUUGCAAUCAUAAAAACUUCAUCUAAAAAUAUCUCCAUUACGCUGUCGUAGAUUUAAUUCGCUUAAAAUUUGAGAUCAUCCAGGCAGCUAUUGGAGUAAAAAGCUUCCGUGAACGAUUUUGGAAAAAAAGUUCCCUGUGCCGAGAAUACGGCUGCAUAGAUAAUGGCGGCAUUUCGUUGCUAUGACAUUUAACACUGAUCGUAACAAAUUUUCAUCUUCAUCUAAUACAGCUGUUUACUAAUUUUUCUAAAUCUUUAUUUUCUGAAUUGUGACGUAGCUAGCGCUCAGACAUGGGAGGUAUUGACCCUAAAAAAUCCCAUCGAGCCACCUUAAAACCAUUUUGAAGAAGGCAGUCAUUGUUUCAUCUUUCAGUCAACCCUUGUUAAUCAUUAACCACUUUCUCUCAUAUAAAUCUAUUAUACCUGUAUAUACGUCUGCAGUGGUUAGCCCAACAACUAAAGCUCCAAUCGGACCCUCACCAAAUACAAUGACGAAAGGGCCUGCUUCAACAGGUGAGAGCUUGGGUAGUUAUAUAGCAAUAAAUUACGUCUUUCUGAAAAAGCUCGUUAGUUUUGUCGUAAAACGACAAACUGUGUCAGCUAUAAUUAUCUUUAGUUGCCACUGUUGUGUCUUGUAUGACCGGUUAUGACGCGGAAAAAAGUUGUCCUCGGAUGUACAAGCAAACAGAUACUCCCGCGCAGGUGCAAGGAAGAAGGGCAGCUAAAAACCUGCCUUCCCUGGACUGUAAAACGGUCGUUUUUUAAAUCGUUUUUUACUUUUUAUGUUUUUUUUUUAUCCGGGUUUUUCAAGGAGUUCAACAUAAAUCACCUAAAGAGCACCACUUCAAAGCUUGAGCCCCUAAAUGGGCGGCCAUUGCUUGGUUUUUGGCUGAAAUUGAAAAGGGCUACAAUUCGACAAGUUUUUUUUUUUUUUUUUCAGCAACAAUUGAUAAGGUAAAUGUUUAUGGCUUUUAUUCAACAUUCUUUAAAGAAGCUAAAAACCAUUUUGAAUAAUAAAGCCAAUAUUAGGCAGUGACUGCACCAGCUUUAAACUACAGUACAAACCCUCUUAUAAGAACCUACAUUUUUUGAAAUCAGGCAAAAAAGAUUUUUUUGUGUUUUGCAUGGGUUAUAUAGUUGUUGGCAAUGUGGCCUUAGCAUGUUCUUAUAAUUAUCUUCUUAACUUUUCUGUUGAUUGCCCGAAAAACAAAUAAACUUGCAUGGGUUUGAUCCUUAAAUUUAAAUUUAUUCACUUGAUCACAGAAUGUACUCUUAUUUCUACAACAAGAGCUGUAUAUUAAAAAACAACUUAAAUAAAUAAGUAAAGUUAACAUUUAUUUCAGUAUUUUUUAAUAUAAUUUAUCUCAAGGCAUGUGUUCAAAACAAGGCCCAACACUGCGCGAGCUCUGCUUGCAUUUCCGGUUACGAUACUUUCUGAUAAUUGAACAGAUUUAAAAUAUAAACAAAGAACUGUAAAAAAGAAAAGAGAAUAUAUUCAAAGGACGUGCCUGCCCUCGUGAUCUGACCGAGUUGAUGACAAGGGAGAGAAGGAAGAAUUUCUAGGGCAAAUAAUAAAUAACCUUAAUAUAUACGUACUUAACCCUGACACCGCCCUACAACCUCAUUGGCUAGAUUUGCAGUAACUGGCACAGCCUGACCUGGCGAGUUAUCAUGUGAGUACCAUGCCUUGACAUAUAUUAUAUUAUGUCUGCCAUAAUGUCUGGUUUUAAUCUGCAAAAUCGAAGUCAAACUCCUUGGAAAAAAUCUUUCUCAUACUCUAACUGUAACCCAGAUAUAAAAACCUGCUUGAUCUUGCUCAGCUUAACAGAUUCUUAUAUUUUUGGGCAUUGAAAUGACAAAUUUCUGCCAGUAGAUUCUUACACCACUAGGUUCUUACACGUAGGUUUUUACUGUAUUCGUAAUCAUUAAGCCAUACAAACAUUUUUUUAUCCUUGAACGUCAGUGAUAAGCCCAACAACUGCGACCCCAGUGCCAAUGACGAAAGGACCUGCUUCACAAGGUUGGAACAUUACUACUUAUACAUAAAAUGUACGUGUGUAAUGUAUUCCUCAGAGCCAUAUUCCACCAAUCUAGAUGUUCCAUUAUGCUCUUUCAUGACUCCCUGAUAAAUCAGCCAGUGAAAGCGGAACUCUUUAGUUUCGUCACAAAACGAAAAACUGUGGCAGCUGUUACUGGCAAAGGAUGGUUCGUGUAAAAUAACUCUUUAUGAUGUGAAAAUUGUACCAGCCCAAUCCUCGAGUAGGACCCUGAAAAGGAGGUUGAACCUGGCCUCAGACGCGCAUGCAAGCUCAUAGUCCCAGGGGGAUGCAGUGGAGGAAGCAGCUGAAACCCAAAUAAUUAUUGAAACCCUCAAUUUUAUCAAAAUCUGCCCUCUUUUUUGUGUGUUUGCUUUCUUUCUAUAUGUUAGCCUGAGUAUCAGGUGUUUCUGGGGAAAAAGGGGAAAGAUGGAAGCGAAAAAGGGAGAGAGCUGAAGGAGAAAAACGCCCUUCCUUUCUCUUCUCCCCCGUCCACCCUCCCGCAUCUAAAAUCCCCUCUCCCCUAGCCCCUUAGGAAGGCGUGAUACGCAGCCUAUCUAUGUGUCUUCGUUCCCGAUAUUUUUAAUUCUUCGCUCAGCGUAACGCAGAUAUAAAUACCGGCUUCUGGCUUUCAAAAGAAAUGACAUUUGUAAGGCGAACCAAUAAACAUACACUAAGAGCCAAUCUCUUUCAUGUAUACACUUUGUUAGUUUGCAAAGCCGAUAAAAAUCCGAGCUGUGAGGCGUGGGCAGCACGUGGAGAGUGCGAAAAAAACCCGACAUGGAUGCUACCAAACUGCUGUGUCAGCUGUAAAUAUCAUCGGGCACCGAAAGGUAAAUGUGUAUUGUUCUUGAGUUUAAAGUAUCCACUUGACAACUUAAACUUUUUAUUAAAUAGUAUGCUUUUCUUCGCAUCUUUUCUAAAUCACAUCAGUGCUGUUCUAAAUUUUAUCGUUGUUAAAUCGCAUUUGUUGCUCUAAAUCGCUUAAUUUCCGUUUUCCAUACAAAAUGAGCCCAUUUGAAAGCGUUUCCGCUCCCGCUUUUUUUCUCUUUUAUAUACUGGCUCAAUGUAAAAAUUGGUUCUUGGUACUUCUAUUUGCAAGGGUGAUUAGAUUGACUUCCCCGAUUUCAAAACGGGUUAGAUGUAAUAAAGUUGUUUGCAGCAAUUCUUAAAACGCUGGUUUCGAUUAUAGAGUUGAAUCACCGAGAACCUUUUCCCUUUACAGCUUGCAAUGAUUCGAAUCCUGACUGUCCUCGCUGGGCCUACUUUGCUGAAUGUGAAAGGAACAAAGAUUGGAUGCUAGCCAAUUGCCGGAAAAGUUGCAAUCAAUGCGGAGGUAAAACCGAUAACAAGAAGUAUUUUGCCGUAAGCAUCUUAGCGAUAAAACAGCCAUUCUGUAACUACUUCAAGGGAAGCCCUCCGCCUUGGGCAGGUACUGAAAACUGAGUUUAACCCAUGUCAGUCAAAGUUUACCACCCCUGUUAUAAACGUACUAUUUAUCAACAACAAUGUUAAGAAGGAAUAAUUGUAAAGGGCCAGUAGAAAAACAUUUAUCUACUUUCAUAAAUUCUAUUUAACAACAGAUCGGAGAUUUUAAUUACUGAAUAACACUGCGCGGUCUUGGUGACACUUCGUCUUUUUAAGUAGUAACCAGCACUUUGUACGAUAUUUUGGCUUAUAAAACUCGCGGAUAAGAUGGGGGCAAAGAGUAAAAGAAGCUAGAGUUGCAACCAUAAGAUAAACUCGAAAGUAAGAGCUGAGCUAUUCACCAUUUGAACCUUCUGAUCAUCACCACUUCAUAUUGAUUCAAAGUGGACAGACUGCAAAUUAUAAUAGUUGCUCAAAAAUAUAUAUUAAGUUUGCCUUGUUGUUUUACAUCGUUUGUUUAGAAUGUAAAGACACAGAUCCUAGCAGCUGUCCUUCGCGGGUCAAAGAACUCGGAGGGUGUGGUCCUCAAAAUAAGGCUGGGGCAAAUUUGAUAAACAGAGAAUGUAGAAAAAGCUGUGGACUUUGCAGAGGUGAGACUGAUAAUUGUCGCUUCACGAGCCUCAUCAUUUGAAUUUUUGUAGUUGCGUUUAAUACAUUUCAAUAAUUCGCCGCUCACAUUCCCUAUAUUGUCAUCAUGAGCUCCUCGAACCCUCAAGGAUCUCUAUCAAGCAGGCAUUGGUAAGGACCUACUGAAUAAGCGAGUAUACUUUGUAAAGCUUGAUUUUAAUUUUAAUUAGUGUAAAGAGGAAGACAAAAAUGGCCUUUAGUCUUCGUUUACUUCAAAACAAUGAAUUCUUUGGAUAAAAGUUUUAUAUGCCUUUGUAUUCAUUGAUAUUCUAAAAUCAACCUUUCAAUGUUUUCCUUUACAGUUUAUGACAGACACGCAGCGUGUCCGGCUUGGGCAGUCACAGGGGAAUGUGACAAGUCCAACUCUAGCUGGAUGAUGGAUAACUGUCCUCGAAGCUGUAAUGUGAAUGGUGGGUAUCAAAGAUUUUUUAACUCAAAGUCUAGCAGGUCUCAUUAUAAAUAAGUAAGGACAAGUAUGGAAAAAAGCCAUCAUGGCUCUUUGCAUGGGCUAAAGCACACAUCACCUUUGGCACGCGCAUAUGCACGAUUUGCAAAAAAUGAUACACUGUGUCUUAGUGUAUAUUUCGAGUAUAUCGGUGCAAGAAAUGAUUUCCAGCAAGAGAUUAAAGAGACUAAUUGAAGAUGCUAACUAGCAAAUAUCAUCUUGAAUUAAGAAACGUUCAGUUAACUAUCAUGACCAUAUUAUGGAAUGUAAACACGAGGUAGAGGAGAUAGUAGUACAGGGCGGAACGAGUUAGCCUUUUUUGCGGUGAUGGAAGUCUCGUCGAUAACCUGCGGAGGAAUACAUAUGCAUUACAUAAAUGUUACAGAUUUUUGUGUAAGUUUAUAAGGUCAUAAGAUACGUUUUAGAGAUUGUAAAUCGAUCAUGUAAUGCUACAUUUUAAACCAUGGGCGUCAUGUCCUAAUGUAGUGGAGGGAAAUAAAAAAUAAAUAAAAAAAUGAGGAAGGGCAAAAUUCCAAUGCGGAGGAGUAGAAAGGGGAGUGUAGGGUAUAAGUGAACAAUCAUGUUUUGUGUAAGAAAGAGCUUCGUCCUCAUUAAUAGAGAUGAGUAAAUAAGGACUUGUUAAAUAAACUAUGAAAUGAUCGAUUUAAAACCAGUCAAACUAGUUAAACUGCCAGAAAUAAGCACUUCAGUGACGUCCGUCAUGAUAUUAAUGUGAAUCGCCCGCAUUUUAUUCAUGAAAUAAAGACAAAAGGUUAGGAUGUGAUUUCCCUUAAAAAAGUGUUAACUGGUCUUGUGCUUUUGUUCUGACAUACAAAAUAAUUCGUGUGGUUUUGGAAAUUUUUUGCCACGAAAAUCAUAAAUUGAAAUGUGUGUGAUAAAAUACCCUUCAUUUAUGAAGUGUUAAAAGCAUUUGAUUUCUCUUGCUUCUUUACAGUUUAUUUUUGCAUUUUUUAAGAAAAAAAGUCAAUAAAUCUCUACCUAUAUUUUAGUGUCAGAAGUCUUGUUCUGUGGUGGAAAACGAAACGGCCAUUAUCAAGCUCCAAGGAACUGCAAAUCGUACAUAGCCUGUUCGCAUGGCGUCACCAGUCACGUAGCAUGCCCCUCAGGAAAGGUCUUUGACACCUUAAAACGAAUUUGUGAAUCUCCAAUUAAUUCUACUUCUACUUGCAAGUUGCAAGAUGCCGUCGAAGAGUCAAAAUGGAACAUAAUUUGGACGCUCAAGAGAGGUUCAGUCUCUGCGAAGACAAAUGCCCCUUCCACAAGUAAAGACGUUAAUGCACAGUGAACUACAGUUGCUUUAAUUUUUUAGUUAACAUAGUUAAUCACCUACAAAAGUACAGUAAAUUUUUAGCAUCUGAAACCUGAAAUUUCCUUCGUCAUCUUCAUUUUUUAAAAAUCAAAAUUACAUGUUUUUGCUUCCAAUCCACAACUCUUACUCUAAAGGCAAAAAGCUAGUCGUCAGACCAGAAUUAUUGUGUGGAAAGGUAAGAAAUAAAAAGUUCUCCGGUCAGUACUGCAGUUCACUUUGUCUAUCCCGUAAACUUUCUGGGACAAAGGCGGUAGGUGGCAAUCCUCUCUAGGGGGACAUAAUGCCCCAGGGUAUACGGGGAGGUGGAAAGACCUCCCUAAGGGUCUAAUCCCCGAUUUAAUGUGUUAGAAAUGUCUAUAGAGUGUCACCAGAAACCUAUCUUUCCCACUCCAAACUUGGGAGUGAAAUAAAUCGCUAAAAAAGGUAAAACGUUUUUUAUGGAAAAUUCCACUGAGUAUCUAUCUUCUUGUUUGAAUAUUUUACCUGAAUUCCCAUACAAAUCCUUCAUGUUCACUGCCAUUUUGAAGAUUACACAAUAUCGUACCGCACCUAAUUAAAAAUUGAACUCUCAUACUGUGCUUGGCUGCCUGUGCUUUCGCAUUAGAAAUGUGCAAUAUCUCAAAGAAUCGUGUAAACGUGUCGUGCUUUGGGAAACCAUCUCAAGUUAGUGCUCUGAUUUUUUGGCCAGAAGCUGACCUAAACACGAACUGAAAACAGACCCAUAAAGCCGAACCUUAGGACGAUCACCAGCAACCUUCUAAACUGAACAAAACGCUUUUAACAUGCUUUGUAGUAAGCCCUUAAAAGUUUAAAAUUUUUGUUCCUCAUUCGAUCACACGGUCAUCCACGUCAUUUGGAAUUAAAAGGGGUGUCCUGCAAAGUUAAAUAAUAAUAAUAAUAAUAAAAAGUAUCUUUCCAAUGUCCUCGUGCGACUCAGUAGCUUGAGUAUUUUAUUACCAAGACGUAACUCUAAACAGUUCUAUGGGAAGCAAAGCCAGUGUCACGUUUAUAACUUUAAGUGUUGUUGUAAAGGCUGAUUAAAGUGUUGUAGGCCCCUACUCAGUCGGGUAUAUAAAAUACAAAUUUAAUUCAAGCCAGCUUCGGUAGAUAUUUUGGGUCUGAACACCAUAAAAAAUAAAGUGGGGAAUUAAAGACGACCUUUCAGGAAUUACGCAAAUCUUCACAGAAAGCGUCCUCUUAAGUCCAGGCCACAUACAAUCAAUGGAACGUAACGUGACAGUCAGAAAAUAUUAUUGCAUAUAUAGGACCUUUCCAAUGAUGUUUGUUUUUCCAGUUCGAUAACACUGUGAACCCGAAAAAACCUUUCCUGUGAUACGACUUUUCAUUUUCUUAUGAGGUUACGUCAGUCAUGCUAGUAGCCCGUUCUAGGUGAUCAGAUUGUGAGGAUGGAGCAAAAAGAUGUGAGCAGGUCCAGGCGUUAUGCAGAUUGUGGAGAUGGCGCAAAAAGAAUGCUAGAAACGGCCUCAUCACCUUAGUUCUUGAGUUUAAACCUAGAUUCAGUGAGAGAACAGAGGAAUUUCUAUAGUUUUCCUAUUUGGAUGGCGUGGGUUGGUUCUCUGACAGAAUGAAGACAUUGCGGCUCAAGAACUAAAGUUGGUGAAACUGUUUCUGGUAUGACGGACAUAUUUGAUAUUUGUCAAUAUUCUCACUAUAACUGUAUCCAGGGCUCAGUUGUUCGAACGCCGGUUAGCACUAACCCGGGUUUCUUUUCAUCAAAAGCACUCUAUCGAAUGAUUUUCUCUACUCUUUUUUAGAGUAUCCAAUCGUGAAAUUGUGGGCAAAGAGAAUUAAACUGAAUUUGAUUUUUAAGCUUUCAUAUCUGAGUUCAAAUUUCGCUCUAACCCUGGUUUAUCUUAACCCAGCUUCGAACGACCCGGUCCAGAGAGCAGUUUGCCGAAUACAAUAAAUACAAUAUGACUAAACUUGGCAACCGAGAGAAAAAAGCUUUCUCUUAAUGGAUAACUGAAGUGUUCUUGACAUUUGGCUGCGACCCAGUCACAGGAGCCCAUAUCGCCUCCUGGCAACGAUGAUCAUGAGACAAGAGUGGCUCUCAACGCCUUAAUUCACCACUUUUGUAUUUGACACACAAUGCACCUCGUUUGUCCCUGAAAUUUUGCAGAACGCCCACCGUUUCCAGUUUCGUCUGAAUCUCUGUCGAGAGUAAUUGAAAACAAUCAUAUGGUUAUGGAAAAGUUUCGUUGGACAAACAAGAUAUAUUGAGGGCAAUGCGAAUUUCUGACCUUUCGAUGUUUUCCAACGAGUCAGGGUUACUUUAAUCUAACCUUUUUAAGCGGGUACCUGAGUCCGUGGAGUACUUCUAAUUGUUAUCGGAACUUGUUUUACUUGUUCCUUUUCUGUUUUUCUUUUUUAAUCCUGGUAUUGUGAAUUACGAACUUCGUAAGUUAAAGUUUUGUCUUCUUUCUGAAAAGCAUCGUUCCCUUGCUGUCGAUUUUGUCGCCCAACAGUGUGUUUUCGCAUACGAUCACAAAAGACGUUAUAAUUAGGUCAUUAACGGACCACUUGGUGAGCGUAUGAUCUACUGUUUAAAAUUAAUGAAAAGCAGAGAACCUUUAAACGAAGCGGAGCUAACAUGAAUCGGGGUUUAUUCAUGUUUCCACAAGGAAGACCUAGUUGUCAAGGCAUGCCUUGGAAAUUAACUCCUGUUAUUAUACUGUGCUUUGUUAUACAGUUUCAGUCUAAGGACAGGGCAGUUAAAGCAACUGUCGUAAGAGUCGACCUAAACCCGCCAACGAGAGCAGAUUUUGCUACUUGCAAACUAACGCCGGAAUUAAAAGAGAAGUUUGUGGACGAUCAUAAUAAAUUUCGGUCAAAUGUGACACCUUCUGCUGCAGACAUGGAAUACUUGGUAGGUAUUUACUGCUAAUAAGAGAAGAAAACAUAUCGUUUACUGGACACAGUUUGGUGGUUAGUUAGUUUUGGUUGAAAGGACUUCAGGGCCCGUUUCCUCGAAAGAAGGUUAAGUUUAACCCAAGAUUAAUCCAAAUUUUACGCACAGUUUUCUUGUCUACGACCAUGUAACUCAAGCUUACAAAAUACUGUUGAGCAUGCACUCUCAGAUACAGUAAUGAUAACAUAAAAAUGUUAGAAAUACUCUAAGCAACACAUAGGAAGGUAAAUACAAAAAGUGGAACAAAAUUUUAAUCCUGGGUUAGCGCUAAUCGGGCUUUCAGGAACCGGACCCAGGGUCAGAUUUGCUACAUUUUAGAAUGGUUUCUGUUAGGGCCGAUCAAUAAUGACUAAAUAAUUAUAAGUUGCGACCCCCGUUUUUAGUUAUACUUGCCGCCCUCAUUAUAAGAUUCCAUCUCCACAAGUGAAAGUGAGCUGGUUCAGUCCUUUAUUCUCUUACAGGAGAGGGAUAAAGGUUUUAUGAAUUACUUAUUUUUCACCAUAUCUUUUUCUUUCUCUUUCAGUUUUGGGAUGAAAAUCUGGGGAAUUUGGCUCAAAUGUGGGUAAAUAAAUGUCAAUGGUGGCAUGGUUUCCUAUACUUUGGCCAAGAAUAUCCAUUACCUUUGAAUUUGAAAGGAAGAAUGGGUAAGUUUCUAUCAUGCCUAAUAUAGUUCCUUACCUUAAUUUAGUAUUCGUUGAAAAUAAUUUUCGUUUUUGAUUAGCUUAUACAUGCCUGGCUAAUUUGAAUGGAAAGAUGCUUGCUAUUUUUUGAAGCACGGAAUUAAUUUAUGUAUAGGUUGCUGACAUCAGUAAUGGAAUAAUUAUAAAAAUCACCCACCACUGACACACAUGGCAGUUGUGUGGCAGCUAAACUGUUUUGGCUUUCUGCAGUUCAAGAAAUUGCGGAUGAUUUUCCAGACGCUAUAGAAAACGAAAAAAAGCGGAAUUGCUUCCUAAAAAUAGAUGGCUAGAAUUCUCAGAAAAUCCUACUCGAUGGAUAGCAACUUCGCUUGAAAGGCUGAAGAUCGAGAUUGUAGGAAAAUAGCAAUCUUUUUCAGUUUUCUCUCUUCUUUAUCUCUGUCGUUUUUUUGUUUCUUAGUAUGCUAGCAAACUCAUCAAAAAGGGAAUAAAAGCUCGCACUGUUCACACUUACGAAUAGCGUAUUGACUUUCGAUAGGAUUUACUAAAAAAUACGCAAAAAUGAACCGUCCUAUCACUAAUUUUGUGCUGUCGAUUAAUCAUGACAUGUUUAAACAUGGCCCAGCAUGCUUCAUAAUUAAAAUACUUCAAGUAUAUUUAAAUUCAGCAUGAUUGCGAGUCUUUGCAGGACACAAACAACGAAGAUAAAUAAACACAUUAUUUUAUUCAUUUCUCAUGUUUGGUGUCCUCCAGAACUCGCUAUAAGAUGUAUUUUCUUAAAAAGUGGGCAGUUUUUAAUGCCGUCAUUUAUAUAGUAAUACUAGCAUGAACAGUUUCUCUCUUGCACCCUUUCUAUACUUCCAUGACAGCUUCUUGACAACUGGCUCUCUUUUUGAUUCUUAAGGCCAGAAUCUGGCUAAAGAUAACUACGACCUCCCAGAUCCAACGACCCGCGUGAAGAAGUGGGACGACGAAGUAAACAACUUUCGGUAUGGUAGCAAAACAGGCUUUUGCGUGAAUCCACCUUGCGGACAUUACAUACAGGUUAAAAAGGGCCUACUAAACCUAACAUUGUUUGUAUAUUAAUUUGCUCGUUGAUUCUUAUUCUUUUACUUUCAUUGUUCUGGUUUCCACAAGUUGCUCAUACUUCCAGCAGCUUUUUUCUGUCUACUAAUCUACAAAAGUAUUUUCUUUCGAUUCUUGAAUUCUGAACAGUAUACUCGUGUUUAAAUUACGAGAAAUGAGGAUAGAUUUAUGUGCAAAAAUUCGGCCUCCGGCAUAUAUGUUACCAAUGAAUUUCUAAUAAACUGUUCCGACGACGCACGCCCAUUACGAAUACUCACCGAUGACUAUAUAUCAAAAGUUGACGAAGGCGUUUUAAAAAAUUCGAAGAUUACGAAAAAAUAAAAAUCUUUAAAAAAAAUUACUAGUUGCAGUUAACUUACAUGACUUUCAGGUGCUAAUACUUGGAUUAUAUACUUUUAGAAUAUUUUUUAAAAAUAUAUUUGACGACAGUUACAUCCUGGCCAAACAUUCAUCAUAGGCAACUUGUGGAUCCAGAGGGAAAAAGAAAGUAAAUCAACUUUUCACCUCCCUGUAAGCAGAGCUUCCUUUUGUCUUCUUGAGUGUGGAGGAAAAAGAAGGUUCUGUGAGGUUCUGCCUGAAUCAAGUUAAACCUUUGAGGUCGCCGAAGCCCAAACUUCUGCCAGACAAUCUUGUUCUCUCUCGUCAAGCUGUUUUUUUUUUUCCGAGUGUGAGCAUCCGUUUAUUGAUAAACCGAUAGUCAUAGCAAGCACACGGCUGUUAGGCUUGGUUUCGAAUCUUACUCGAUUCAUGCACGGUCUUUCUUGAGUAAGCCAAAAGCGAGCAAGCGAAAGAAAAGCUCUAUUGACAGGUAGACUUUUCAAAUGCAAGAUUCCAUGUUUAAAGUCACUGGUUAAGCAACUCCGGCAACAGCCCAUGGUACCAUGGUUUUUAAUUGCCAACUAAGUCUGACUAUGAUCGGCGAUUGCAUGACCGACAAGCUCUGAUAGCUAUCAGUUAGCGCACCAUGGUCGUAAACUCGUACACGCUGGGGCAAUUUAUCUACGCAUGUCUAUCUUAUCCUUCCCGAAUCACUCUUUUUUCAAAAUCUACUAUCUUUCAGAAAUACGUACCAUCGCUGCAACUAGUGUUAGUAUUUAGAUAGAAUAAAUGUACCGUAGCAAGUUGCAAAGACCUGAGAUGGUGACCCCGACCAGUUAAGCUAGUCGCUAGUAUACCCGUCCGUUAAGUUUCGUGCAAUCAGAUCCUGAAUCAUAGCUGACUUUUUUUCAGUUGACUUGGGCGAAAGCAAAGUAUGUUGGCUGCGCCGUCAACUUAUGCCCUAAUUUUGGUGAUGGUCAAAACAAUGGUGGAUCAUUUGUUGGUUGCGAUUAUGACAGGUAACUAGUAGUAGCUCUAAUUAUUUGCAUCUGAUGGAGGCAUUUGUUGCAUCUCACAAUCAAACAGCCAGAAUAUACUGCAUUUCUAUUUAAACAUCAGCCUAGUUUAAUGGUCAGAGCAACUAGACUUGUAAUUCAGAGGCCCGAUCCUAGUGGUCGAUAUCUCGCCCAGACCGCUUAUGGAUUUAUUCUCGUUUAUUGCUGAGCCCUGAGUUUAAAUCCGGAGCUACGCAUGUAAAAUAUCCAACUUGAAUAAUUAAUUAACUGUCCAUUUUUUUUCCACAUUUGACAGGGCAAUUGCCUUCUGCAUCUAGGUAGAAGCUUCAAUCUUUGAUUUGCUAGUCGAAUGUUUGUUAGCAGAUUAUUUCACUUUUUCGGGGACUUAACCGCAGUCAGUGCAGGCUGUAGCAGAUAUUCGUAAGGUGUCUCCUCAUUGGUCGCGGAAAACAAUAACGCAACAUUGUUUAUCAUCAUUUCGAUCGUUUUACUGUUAGGGAUCGUUACAUAAAGCCCUUUCAUUUUCAGUGAUCUGGUAUACCUUAGCUUGCACUUCAAAUUAUAGAUAUUAUGUUCUGCUCCUCAUUUACGGCAUUUCUAAGAACCGUGAUGUCAGAUUUCAAGGACACACCUUACCAAGCAGGCACACCAUGUACCAAAUGCGCUUCAGGUUCUGGAUUCUGCUACAAGAAUCUGUGCAGUAAGUAGUCACCGCCUUCCAAACAUAAGUUUAAAUGGGAGACAGGCACCUUGCUUGGUGGACCUUCAACCCUGGUUUUUGCAAAUUUUCUAUUAUCGAUCAGGCUGAAUGGGAUCCGAGUCAAUUCGUCAAGUGAUUGCGUCUCUAGGAGCUAAAGUUAAGCCGUUCGCAAGUUGUAUUGAUCCUUCCUUUUCAAUUCGAAACCUGAGGUCGGUUUAGAAUGGACUUCACAAUGUUAUUUGAAAAUAACAAGCGACUUAGAACGCCAGUGAAGUGGUGUUAAUCUUUUGAGGCUUAAAUAGCAAAGGGCCAAAGAUUCAUACCACUAUAAUUUGAGCAAAAUUUUUUGACCUUGAAUUAAAAACUAGUAAGUAAUAUUUUGGUGUUUUUAAAGGCCAACUAAUACGACUAAAUUAACAGAUAUUUCAACCGAAAUCUUUCUUUGUCAGGAGAUUGUGCUGAUUUUGACAAGGAAUGUGGAGGGAGUCUAACACAAGCCAUGUGCAAAUCGGACCCCGAAUUGAUGGAAAAGAAGUGUCCCAAAAUGUGCAACUUGUGCAGUAAGUUGUUCACUGGGUGAAAUUUCUUGUAAAUUCCUUUAGUCAUAAUCUUACAGUGGCUAUCAUUUAAAUCCAACGAUACAUUAUGUUUACAAUGGUUGGAACAUCAAUGACACUAGAUAUACGAUAUAGUCAGCUUAAUUUGCGGCAGGGCAGGGAUACCACCGUCUACUGAAAUAAUGUGACACCAUUCUUCCGAUUUAAAGCAGAAUGCUCGAUUCACAAGAAGUGUCCCAAAAUGUGCAACUUUAGACUUUCAAAAAAGUCCUUCGUCGGGUUUCAAAUGGCGCGGGACGAAGGACUUUUCAUACUUGAUUGGCGCUAAUUUUACCGACCCAAAAACGGGUCGGUGCGCUUGGACCAAUCAGAGUAGCUCCCAAGGACCCUUGGGGGAUAAAGCUGUCACUCACAAGUAAUAAGCGCAUUGAGACGUGACUUGCAGUUCCAAUUCAAACAUGGGGUAGAUUGCGAAGUGGAAGAUGUUGACAGGCCAAACACGACUCAAAAGCUCGUGAUAGUGUGAUACGUGACCUUAUAGUUUUGCUCUAACGAGGAUAUCUCCCAGCGAUUUUGCUCUUUUAUAUGAAAUUAUGGGAGGCUCGUUGUAUAUUUCUCUCGGUGGUGGUUGAUCUUGAAUUAAGUGCCAUUUGCUCAUUAAAAUGUUUUUAAGGUUCUGCAAAGCAGGGUGGUACGUGGUAACGAAAGGCAGAGUUUUCUUUCGCACUUCAUUGUUCUUUUGUAAAGCUGACUUCCGUUCGGUAAAUUGAACCUCAGAGGUGAUUUUUUUCUAUGAGAUUGUGAGGGUAACCUUUAGCGCGAAGGCGUUUUUUUGAAGUUGUAGAUGUUUUCAUAGAAGGGUUUAGCUGAGGAGUUAGUUCUCAGAAGUCUAAGGGCUUCGCCCUUUAUUAGACCUUUUCUGACCCCGUGAGGGUUACAGGAAGAGAAAUGCGUUUAUUGAGAAGUCUUUGUAGGUUUAAAAUGUGUGCGGAUGUCAAGGAUUCCUGGGUUGUGAAAUCUCCUUUCCCAGUAUUGACUCGAGAUUGAAACAAGUUUUUGUUUUUUUCCGGCCCCCUGAGGUUGCCAACUUUCGCCUAAAAUCAUUGUUAGAGACAAAUUUCGCACAAAGUAAACAAAUUUGCUCCUUCGAUGAUGGAGAUACACAAACUCGUUCAAUAGAUUUAGCUGGAGUGGAAUCAGCACAUUCCGCCAUUGAAGUCAUGGACUCACAAAUAAAACCUGAAACCCCAAAUGCGAGUCACGCCACUCACCAUUUUUGGCUCGAAAUGCAAAUGAAAACCCAUCAAACGAGACAAGUCGACCUCUCGCGACUUUGUCGCUCGUUGUUUGGCCGCUUCCCGGCCAAACAAGGCUCGCUCCGCUCGCCAAGAAGUAGACUUGUAGCAAGUCUAGUGCAACUUGUGCAGUAAGUUGUUCACUGGGUGACUAUAUUAUAUCUACACUGGUUGGAACAUCAAUGACACCAGAUAUACGAUAUAGUCAGCUUAAUUUGCGGCAAGGCAGGGAUACCACCGUCUACUGAAAUAACGUGACGCCAUUCUUGCGAUUUAAAGCAGAAUGUUCGAUUCACAAGUAAAAACCCCCAUAAAUUAGUAUUUAAAGAUGCAAUGAAGAAAUAAAACAAAGCUCACAUGUAUACAUGUCAAAAGUGAAAAAUUGAUGUUUUUGCACAAGUUUGAAUUUCAGAAAAACGAAGACGAACUCAUGAUGAAUGCACCCCUUUGACUUUUUACAUAACUAUUUUCCUUUUUUUUUUGUAUGCAAGAAUGUCCAUUGCAAUGUCAAAAUGGUGGUACUCUGAAUGCUCAAAGCUGUACUUGUUCAUGCGCAGUACGUUGGGCAGGCCCGGACUGUUCAGGUACAGUGUAUGUUAUAUAAUGGUAAAAUUAAAAGAAAAAUGUUCCGUGCCGUCCAUGUCAUGUUGGAGCUAUUCAUGAGCCAAGUAUUAACCGUUCAGAAUUUCAGUGUGUUAGUUCAAAAAUAUCAUACAAUGCAAAACCUAGGGUGGUUCCUUCUUUCACAUCCCUCAGCCUCCCUACCAUGGAACUGGGUGACUCUGCAUAAAGUGCAGUUUACUUGACGGUCGUGAUUAAUAGUGUCCAGGUGUUUUGGUGGAUGACCGAUCACAUAUCCCUUUAACUUCUUUUUACAAGUUUGAUUCAGUAACUUAUUUAAGUUAAAGUUUUCCUACAAGCAUUAACGGUGAUUUAUUUUGGAUUUUUAAUGUAGAGGUCUGUCAAGACACCAGGACAGAUUAUCCUCCAUGCAACUUGAUGAUCGAGUGGAACGGCAAAGAUAUAUGUAAAGAAGAAGCCAUGAAAACAACCUGUAUGGCUUCUUGUAUGAUCUGCGGUAAGGAACUUUUAAGUCACCUUUUAAACAGAUUUGAAGAUCACACUUGUCGAAAUGGAAGCACAAAUGCAAUGCACAAUGCUUAAAAAAAUGGCGUUGGUUGAAAGCUAUUGGGAGACAGCAGUGUUCCAGCCAGAGCGCGCCAUUGCGUGAAUCCCAAAAGAUCGAGAGAUGGCCCCCACCAAAAGCGUUCAAGGGCCACUAUGGCCCUUUCCUUCUUUAAUUCCCUGGGCUUAAAAAUGUCUCUGUUACUUCAACUACAAUAAUUUUCCGAUAAAACAGAAUUUUUAAUCGUACCUUUAUACACAACAUGAAAAUCAAUCGAUGAAUCUUCUUGAGUUUACCUGAUUUACCGUAAAUGGUCUGGAGACCACUGAGCCUCGACUUCGCUUUUGUAAUAUCGCAGGAGCUGAUGGGUAUCCAUCACGGCGUCUCGAAAAAGGAGGAACCUGACAAACGCAUUUCGAGGUCAUCGAAAGUUUUCUCUCAGUAAGUAACGAAAAAGUGGAUUGGGGCGAAGCAGUUCAGAAGAAGCGAAAGGAAGCAGAUCUUGACGGUGAAGUGGAAAAUGAGAUGAAAAAAAUUACUUACUAUUUUUAUUGCAUACAUUUUUAUUGUACUGUUUGCCUUAUUACUGAAGAUUUCCUCUAUUGUGUAAAGAGGGAUGCUCCAUGUCAGCUUCAAAUAAACUGCCAAUCUCAUUUCCUUAACUUUCCAACUGUUUCUUCUCUUUUGCAUAUUAGAAAGAUACUGGUACAUUGGCACUUUCUUGAAAUAUCUGGCCCCAAAAAAUGGGUUGUAGGGGCCACUUUGGCCCUCAAGGAGAAAUUUCUGGCUGGAACACUGGAGACAACAUCAAAUAAGCUUCAUUUUUCGGGAUGUUGAGAUCAAUACGUUAUAUUUAGUUAUCGUGUUUAUGGUUAAUAAGGUGCUCCCUAGUGUCUAUCAGCACUCAAAAUUUCAUUUUAUGUAUCCAACUUUAGAUGAUGGCAGUGGUAAAUACACCACCACGGUAGCUCCUGUAACCACUUCUGCUCCUAAUGCACCUCAAACAGGUAAGUACUCCUGAUUAAUUAGUGAAUCUUAUUAAAACCUGUUUGGGUUGUUUAUUUCACUUGAUUGGGGGAGAGGGGAGGGGCGGGGCGGCGGUAUCGAGGUCUUUUAAAAAUUUAUUAUGCAUAUCUGCCAGGCUGCUCAAACUAUUUAACAUUAAUUUUAGAACUUCAAUUUCUUUAAGGAUUGUUUGGAAGCGUUUGACGCAAAUGCGAUUUUUGGACGUAAUUAAUAUAGGGUUUCUAUGGCAACCGUUUAAUUUACAGACAGCUAUGGGCUCCUGACCCGGCCUCCUGCCCAUAUCAGAUGAAUAAGCCACCAGCACUGUUAGCCUUCAGCCCCCUUCCCUUUCAAAUUUGCUCCUACGAGCAUGAUAACGACAAUCACCACAGGGAGCUGGGAUGCUUUGUGCAAUAAAGAAAGAAACCGUUGGCCUGUAUGCCUGUGGCUGCCUUUCGGCUGUUUGGAGAGAAAUUUGCUUUAACGAAGGGAUAAUUUCUCCCCUUCGUUUUCACUAUCACUUCAGUCGCGUCAGGAUCUGCAGACGACAUAAACGUCUCGUGUUCCAAGUAUUAACUAUAAACCCGAAACUUGCUUCCCAUGAGACUUAUAAGACACUGUCAGUACUUAAAACUCAAGACGGUUAUCGGACGUCUCCAGCUUCUGAUGCAUUACACGUUUAAAGCGAUUGUGUUUUCAAACAGAACAGAGAAGCCGACUUCGCCUUGAAGCUAGUUUCUUUCAAAACUACCAAAAAAAGACACAGACGCCCAGGUAAAUCCCUGGGUCGGAAGGAUUUCCACAUGAAUCAUGCAGAUACCGAAGAUGCAAGUCUUCUUCCUUAGGGGUAGAAAUUGCAGAUUUUGGCCUCACUUAGGGUGUUCAGGACGAAAAUUCAAUAUUUUUACCCAUUAAGUUAUCGGUAUUGGUUGUGUCUAUAGAAAAUUCUAAAUUUCUUUAAGGGUCAAAAAGUCGGUGCCACAACCCAGAUGGGUUUCCUCUAAGCCAGAGUUCCCCUCUCCGGAGAUAAAUCGUUUCUUUUUUUAUUGUAAUAAUUCAGGCUCCGGAUGUAAUAUGACACACCAUUAAGGCAAAAAAAAAAAAAAAAGGAGGAGGAGAUAAGAGCAAACAGAAAUGAUAAAGCGGUGUCUGAUUUAGCUUUCAGCCAUCCUCAUUAGCCAUUAACAAUUUGUUUCUAAAUAAUUUGUUCUUAUAAUUGAUCCGUAUGUCAGUGGUUAACCCAGCAACUGCAGCUCCUGCAGUAAGACCAACGCAAAAUAUUGGGACGACAGGACCGGCGUCACAAGGUUAGAACGUAUGAACAGCCUUGUUUCUAGGGUUCUCUCUGGGAACGAGGUUGACGUAUGGAUAGCUUAAAAAGUGUCGUCAUUCUUUGAGCGUUCUAUCUGUAUUUAUUCACAAUCUUAAUUGUUGUUCUGUUUAUACUGUCCUAAUGGAAUCCAAGAUUUGAAAGUGAAAAUGGCUUUGGUUUCGAAUCAUUUGACUUACAUACUGACAUACCUUUAACAUUUAAUUAAUUUUCAGUUCCUCUACUAUAAGUUUGUUUUCACUCAUGUGGUCAGCAACAGCCUUACUAUACAAAUUUGUUGAAACAAGUAAAGCUUUUCCAUGAAAAAUGAAUUCCAUCCACACAGAAUUUUCUUGGUACAGCAACAUGACCCCCGUUUCAUUGUUCUUUAGACCACAAUGGCCUCCGUGAUGUCACGUGAAAACUAUCUUUCAAUGCUUUGUAAAAACUCAUUUUAACAACUGAAUUUGAAUUUCCGAGUUCAAGAAACUCUCACUUUCAAAACGAGGCUAAGUAUAAAACCUUUCUUGUGAGGAUGAGUUUUAUUUGCAUGAUAAUUAAAAAAUCAUUUUCGAUCGUGUCAACGGCUUUGCACCUAGCCUAGCUUUCAAACAGAGGCUUUGGGCAACUCCAAAAUGGUCCAUUGAUUAGUUAUUAACCACUGCCAGAAAGUUACAAAGUUGACGUUUUGAGGGCAAGCCGCGUUAUCAGCGCGAAUCAUUGAUUAAAUGAGAUCGAUGGCCUAACUGGCACUUCGACACGUCAGCUUGUGAAUCUUACUACGGUUGUAAAUUGACUAAUCAAUUCAGUUGUUAAAAAAAAAUCUGUACGUUUUGUGUUUAAAAGCCGAUACUGAUGUGAAUGUCGUGGGUUCAAAUCUUUACGAGGUCAAAGGAUUUUUUCUGUACCAUCGGUGGUCACUUUAUUCCCUUUACUUAAGGGCUCUGACGCCUAGUGGGGUUUUUGAGUUAUUUGUAGUUCUUGAAUAUUCAUCAAAAAAUUGAUUCGCUAUUCCGUCAUUUGUUUAACAAUACGCGGCACAACAUCAUAUGUUAAAGUACUCUUUACCUUUUUACCUCGCCGUGAGUGUGACUUGCUCUUCUGGCAUCAGGCCUUGUAGCCUAGGAGGGCGUGGGUUCGAAUCCCAUCGAGGUCAAAAGAAUGACUUGUGUGGUAUCCUGCAAUUGCUAUUACUAGGGCUUAAACACUCAUUGGGUUUUGUGGGUUGUUUCUUGUAUCACUUGAAUUUCCAUUCUCUGACUGCUCCAUAUCAUUCCCUUUACUCUAUAGUCCAUCUGAUUUUUAUGGUAAUUAUGAUUCAAGACCUGAGAACCAGUCUUAUCAGAAACCGAACAUUAAAAAUAAUGCUUAAAGGGCUUUUUCAUAUUUUCAGCUUGUACAUUCGACCGUAAUCCGAGUUGCGAGUCGUGGGCAGCUGUUGGAGAUUGCGAGAAAAACACGGUGUGGAUGUUACUGAACUGCUGUGUCAGCUGUAAAUAUCAUCAGGCACCGAAAGGUAAAUAAUUUAUAAACUUUUUACUAAAAAUUUGAAGAGACGUCCUGAAAUGAGGAAGCGGGGUAUUGAAUACUGUUUUUAUUGAUCACUGGAUGUAAACUGAUUGGUGUAAGCUUCGUUUACCUUAAUUAUAAAAUAGAUAUAUGUAUGUUUGUGUUUCUUUAUAUAUUAAAAAAAAAAAAGACUAACAAACAAAGGUGUUCUGCUUCUCGGCAUAGAGUGCAAAGAUUCAUCUCCAGAAUGCCCUCUCUGGGCCUACGAUGGGGAUUGUGAAACAAACAGAAUAUGGAUGUUACCCAAUUGUAGGAUGAGCUGUAACCAAUGUGGAGGUAGGAGCUAUCACAGUUGUAGUACUCGUUCCUAAGCAUGUCUAAUUGAAAGCAACUUAAUGGUAAAUCUAAUAUGACUGAAUGGGUUCGAAUGUGAUUAUCAAGAUCAGAGUGCUGGUCGGAUCGCUGUUACUUAGGUUUCUUUGCUAAGACUUCAGUGAUGAUUCGUCAAAGACCGAAUUCAAAUUAGUAACUUAUACGUAGCCUAAUGAGCUAAAUUUUCUUAAUCGGUCCGUCAAAGGUUGUACUGUCAUUCCAAGGUUGUUCUGUCCUUUUUAUCCUUGAUGAGGACGUUUGUAAGACACACGUUGCUGUUCAUAAAUGCAGUAGAAUGGGGGAAAGAAAUCAAUAUUCCCAAGACUCUUCACAGUCCUUUAUAUUUCAGCGUUUUUUUGUGAAGAUCACCGCCUAUUUCCAGACGUUUCCAUCUGGAUUUUGUAUAGUAAACGAGAAAUCAAAGAAUGCCUGAAGUGGUCGAUUAUCAUAGCUUAGGCUGCCUCUUAUCGUUUUUGCGGCGCGAACGUUCCAGCGAUAGAAAGGCGGCUGCAUUUGCGCGCGGGCAGGUAACCAUUGCCGUUGUUGUUCGUCUCCUGAUCUUUUUUGUGUAAUUAUAUUCAACCUGAAAGUAAGUAUGGAUUUUUCUUGACCUGUAAUUCAAGAAUGCAAGGACAAGGAUUUGAAAUGUCCUUCCUGGGCUAUACUUGGGCAGUGCACUGCAGGUGAUAGGAUGAUCUGGAUGAACAGGAACUGUAGAGAAAGCUGUGGACGGUGCAAAGGUAAGAGCUGUGGCGACAACGACUUAGAAAACCUAAAUUUCAGCUGUAUAUGUAAUUGUGGAAAUGUGUGCACGGCUAAGCACAAGUGGGCAAUAAGAUAAUGACUGAGAGAAACGCAAAUAUACUUAACAUUGAAGUGCAGUUUUGGAGGAACAAACCCAGUUGGAUUAACUCUAUUGCUCUCGGCAACGAUGUUUGGCCGGUUGCCUGACAUGACACUGUAUGGAUGGGCAUGCAUGUGCCAUGAUGGCUUCGCCCUUUUAAUUCCACAACUUGGUAUUUUAAUGAUUAUAUACCAGUUGUCUGCUCCAUUUAUUUCGUAUCCGUUGCACAAUGAAGGAAGAAGUUGCUGCCAUGCUUUCCUCUUGGAUACACUCUGUCUUAGCAAGCUCAAGGCAGUGCACGAGACUAGGUGGUCCAUAGAUUCAUCGUACGAAAAAAUUACGUAUUAAGUGGAGGUAUGCCUCGCCCUCAUCUUUAAUAAUGGCGGUGGUGGCUUUAAAAACUAGUGGCGACGCUUUGAUUUUGUACUGCAAUGGCAAACUUUCCGAUUCCGCUUUAAGCCCGUAAACUCAAGGCACUGAUUUGUUUUCUUUACUUCGCUACCAGCAGCUUUGAUUGGUUUGGGUUGUGCAAUCCACUUAAUGUUGUCAUUAUCAUUAUGAUGGUCGUCCAUGAAAAUAAGUAUUAUCAUUCUCAUUCUCAUUUUCCUUUUCACGAUGUCUUUCAUAGUUUAUGACAGACGUCAAGAAUGCCCAGCUUGGGCAAAGAUGAAUCACUGCAAGAAAUCAAAUUGGAUUUGGAUGGUGAACAAUUGUCCUUGGAGCUGUAAUGUGCCUGGUAAGAGUUUAUAUGCCUGAGGCACAAACAAGCCGUAACCUUUAUGUCUAAGCCAAUUGGGAAGUUUUAAACCCAGAAGCCUCCUGGUUUUUCAUGCCAUUUCCUGCAUUUACACGCCUUAGUUUUGCAUAUUCCCAUUAAAAAGCCUAAUUAAAGGGGCUGUGUCACGACAGUCCAGAUCGUUUUGUUUAAUUUUGUCAAUUACUCGCCUUCAAUCGCUAUGGAACUUAAAGUAAGCAAAGAAAUUACAUGUAAAUGACAAAAUCAGAGAUCCGAGACAAACAAAUUUGUCUCCUGAGCAUUAUUUUUGAAGUGCAAGCAGCAGGGAUCAACUUUGAAAAACUGUUAGGCUGAACAGUUUUCAAAAACCCUAAUUUCAAUCUGUUUCAAUCUUCUUCAAUUUUGCCUAUCCGUGGCAUCUGUUGUUUCUGUUAUGUUAUUUUAACCUUCCUUUAAAGUUUUAAGCGGUCAUUUUUGUUCCUCUUUAUUUGACAGGCAUUUUUUAAUUUCCUAAUUUGGCUGAAUUUCGUGACACAGAUCCUUUAAUGCCCCAGAUUACCGUAGGUAAUCUUAGGUAAUCUAGAAAGACAGCGAAGUUAGGGAGGCAGCAUGGUGAAGUGGCCCUUAACACCUCCUUAGACCCUGUCACAACUUGUUCCAGCCUUUGCCGAAUUACUGCCUCUUUUAGAUAAAAUGACGCAUACUUAGCAGUAGGCACCUCUCGUUCCUGUUUAAGACUUAAGGCAGAGCUGCAGCAAAACAGCCUUUAUUUAAUUAGUUUCUUUUGUUUGAAAUGGCUUUGUCCAGACUCCCUACUUUGAACCACACACCGACAUUGAAGCAUAAAAUGAGAAAAUGAAGGGAAAGCAGAAACGGUUUAAAAUUCAGAUUCUUUGCUGGAUAGCAAGUCAUAUUGACCUCUCACAAUCCUUCCAUAUAUAGUCAAAGAAGCCUUGUUCUGCGGUGGAAAAGCAAACGGUGAUUACCAAGACCCGUCUUCCUGCAAAGCAUACAUAGCGUGCUCGCACGGUGUCGCAACGCACGUGGCGUGCCCACCAGGAAAGUCGUUUGACACAAUCAAACGGAUAUGUCAACCCAGUAACCGAGCUACCUGCUCAGUGGUCCACCUACGUGACAAAUUAGAACCGGAAUGGAAGAUACUGUGGACCUUAAAAAGAGGAUUACCGGACCCUCAUCAUUGA